GAAUGUUCAAAACAACUCGUCUGCUAGACUUUUUAACCUCCAUGAUUAUACGUUUUCUAGGCGUUUUACCUUGUUUACACACAUUUGCCGACAGACAUUGGUGAAAACAAUCGAAUAUCGUUUGAAAGACAUUUCUAUGUCGACAAUCAUAAGCCGAGUAGAGAAAAUCUCUUACAACAGAAUGUCUGACGUCGUUAAUACUUAUACUUCCAAUAAUUCAUGGGACGUUUCAAUUGAAUGCAAGUAUUAGAUGAGUAACAAGAAUGACAAAAAUAUUGCAGUUCAAUGUUUAUUAGAGAAUAGAACGCGCCUAUACUAGAAACACUAAAAAAUGGAACAUUUUGCUAUCCAUUACCGAUACAUGUACGUGAACGAAAAUGGGGAGCCAGAUGAGGUGCUGAACUAUGACAUCUUUUGCGACGCACUUUUCAAGAAGAGACUGGAGAUUGCAGAGUCCAUUGUCAGAAAUGAUUUCAAAAAGAUGUUGAAACGAAAGCCAUUCAAUACCCUGCUACACUUGGCUGUCGAGCAAGAAGACAUCAGCGCUAUAGAGUAUCUCCUCAGUAACAGGGCUUCCAUCAAAUUCAAAAAUACUCUUGGGGAAACACCUCUGCAUCUAGCGGUCAGAAAGAACAAUGCAGAAAUACUGGACAUCAUCUGCUCCCACAUAACUUAUGGUCACAAGGAGAAAACUAACAUCAACCCCACGGACAGCCAGGGCUUAUCGCACAUGCACAUAGCUUGCAUAAGCAACAACUCGCUGAACGAUCUGCAUGUUCAGCACUUUCUAGAGCAGGGGGUGCCGGCCAAUAUUCCAGUCAACUUCAAUUCACCUCAGUGGCCAGGCUACACACCCCUGCACUUCGCAGUGGAACAUGGCAACAUGCGAGUUGCCAAGCUCCUACUGCAGAGCGGUGCAGACGUGAGCCUGAAGAACGGCGACGGCGCCACAGCUUUGCACAUAGCUUUCCUAAAAAGCAGCAUAUGCAUGGUUGACCUGCUCCUCGAGGCGCAUCAGUCUCUGGAGCCUGGCAGCGUCAAUCCCAGCAACCAGACCGGCCUGUCUCACUUCCACAUCGCGUGCUCUCAGAAGAACGCGAGCAUCGUCCAGGGCUUCAUCGAGCGCGGUGCCGAUGUCAACGCCCACGUGAACUUCGACACCUGGGACUACUGCGGCUUUACCCCGCUCCACAUGGCUGUCCACUUUCGGUCUAGCGACACUAUCGGCCUGUUGAUCAAGUACGGCGCCAACAUCGCGGCAAAGGAGGCCAGAGGCUCGACUCCGUUGCACCUGGCUUUCGAGAAUGGCUACAAGAAGAUCGUCAACCUGAUACUGAGCAGCGCGGCGCAACAGAACAACCCGAAGAACCCGGUGAACCAGUGGAGCCUGUCUCACUUCCACAUCGCCUGCGUGCACAACAACCUGGACAUGAUGAAGAACUUCCUGGAGAGCGGCGUGGCGGUCGACGAGGCCGUUCACGUCGAGGCACACAGCUUCCCCGGCUACACGGCUCUGCACUUCGCCGCCGAGUUCGAGAGGGUCGAGGCGGCCGAGCUGCUGCUCAAGUGGAACGCCAGGGUCGACAUCAAGGACUGCGACGGUCUGACGCCCCUUCACGUGGCCUGCCAGCAGAACUUCAGCAAGAUUAGCCAUCUCAUCCAGCAGAACGUCGACGUGGACAGCCGAAUGCACCGCUACGAGCUCGAGUCCAAGGUGUCCGAGUUCAGCAAGUGGUUCAACGGCAGAACGGAGUACCGGAGCAUGAUCGAGCUGCUCUUGAGGUACAAUAGCGACGUCAACUGCAGGGACUACUUCGACAGAACGCCGAUCUACCACGCCUGCGAGAUCAGUCCCAAGAUCCUCGAGCAGUUCGCGGUGAAGGUCACCGCCUCGCUGGUCAACAAGUUCGAGAGCACGCGCUUCGAGAUCGUCAAGCUCCUGGUGGACAGCGGCGCGGACAUCUUCGCGCGCAACGAGUGCACCGGCAAGACCGUCCUCUACCACCUGGUCGAGCUGGACGAGUGUCUCUUCUUCAUCGACAGGUCCAAGGUGAAGAUAGCCGAGCUUUUGCUGAAGAAGGGCGUCGAGGCCAGCGUCAGGAUCAAGAACGGCAUGACUCCCCUGCAUCUGGCCGUGACCAAGGGUCUGCCCAAAGUAGUGAAGCUCCUGCUGACGAACAACGCCGACGUCAACACCGCCGAGCACAUCAACCUGGAGACGCCGUUGCACAAGGCCUGCGAGAACCUUCACGCGGACAUCGCGCAGAUGCUCCUGGACAACGGGGCCGACGUGACCGCGAGGAAGAAGAACGGCCAGACGGCCCUGCACGAGGUCGUCUCCAGCACGGAUUUCGAUUUCACGGACGCCAACGCCAAGGCGACGAGCGACCUGGUGGUUCGGCUCCUCGAUGCCGGUUGCGACGUUAACGUCCAGGACUACGAGGGCAAGACUCCGCUGCACGUGGCCUGUUCCACCCUGAACUUCGUCGGCGCGCAGGUUCUUCUGCACAACGGCGCCGACAUCAACCUCGAGGAUGACUCGGGCAAGGCGCCCCUUUCCUACUGUCUCUUCCACUGCCGCGGCAACUUCCACCGGAUCUACUACAUCUUCUACGAGCACAUCACCAAGAUCAAGUACAUCGGCUACCACGUGAGCAAGAAGAACAAGGCCUACUUCUCGCGGAUCGGCAAGAUGCACAACUACUUCAGCGUCGAGAGCGCGAGGUAUCUCAGCGGCGAGUACAUCAAGGAGUUCCACAAGAUGAGCAGCAAAAAGAUCGGAACCAGCUCGCUCAACGAGAUGCUCCAGAAGGACGCGAACCAGCUCGCUGUCUACGCCAAGAAUAAGACCUUCAGGAAGAUCGUCACUGCCAAGAAGUUUUCCGAGAUGUUUCCCUUCUUCGGCUACCUGCUGAAGCUUCAGUACAAGAAAGGCUGCGCCAGACUGAAGGCUAUGAAAUCGGCGAAGCUGGCGCUGGAGUACCUGAUCAGACGCGAGUUACCCGACGCGUGCGCCGAGUUGAUAUUCAAGGAUCUGGACAACGAAAACCUGAAGCAUCUCGUGGUGGCUAGCGAAACCGCCAUCGAGAUUCAUAAUAGUCAAUGAAAACGUGAUAUUAACAUUUGUAGUUUGAAAGCCUAACUUAUAGCAACGACUAAACGCAUCAGCUUUAUUAAUUGUCAUAAGCAGGAGGGUGUAUAAAGGUAGGCUAGCUUUUGUACACAGGUUGUAUCAAAGCUUCGUAUAUGAUUUAGUAUUCUUUUUAUUUUUAUUUUUACUUUCCACGACAUGCAAUGUCUGCUACGUUUGUAUUUCAGUUUCUUUAUAAAUUAAACAACCGAUUUUUGAGAUAUGUA